UCCCUGGUAUAGGAGAUGAUUUGGGAGCAGUGUAUCAUUAUGGAAGAUUCUGUGCAGUGGUAAUUGCUGUAGAAACCUUUAUUCUUUUUUCUUCUCCUUCCACUCUUUUCUUUUCCUUCCACUUUCGUUGUUCAUGGUCUUUCACAAUGAAUGUUUGGAGUGGUACCAGGCAUUUUGGAAAAUGGGUGCAAAACCUUGGAGAUAAAGAUAAUUGGUUGUGACCUUGGGUCAUCAGUUUUAGAGAAUUAAAAGACCUUCUACUGCUUGGGGUAGCAUUGGCCCUUCACUCAUCCUGUUUGCUGCUACCUGAGGGACUGGGAGAAGCAACUAAGGACCUUUAACUAUCCCAGGAAGAUGUGCUCAACUCUUCACAUGGUGGAUACCCUCACCUUGGGAAUUGGUGUCUAUAAAACAUUCAGCCUUGCUGCCAAUAGCUGUCACAGAUGUCGAGUUUCUGAGAUGGAUGAGCUGUGAAACAAAAAAGCAUUGCCAAAAUGUACCUAUUGAUAAUCAUCACUUUUUAUUUUAUUGGUACAUCCUAAUUUAAUAUCUCAUUCAAUUCUCAUAACAUCCCUUUUAUAGUUAAAGGAGAAUAUUUGUGAUUCCUCAGUAGGGUGCUAAGACACAAACUUAAAUAACUUGCUCAGAUUCAUAAGCCUGCUUAGUUUUAAUUACGGGAUCAAAACUGGAUUCCAGGUCUCCUGUCAAGUGCUCCAAACAACUGCUCUUUUUGCUAACUGCAUUGACAACCUAGUUUUGAGGUCAAGUGUUUAAAUUAAAAAAAAUAAUAAUAAAAGGUUUCUCCUGCUCUGCAAAAGUAGAGUGCUCCUAUGAAACCUUUCAAAAGCCCAAAUGGCAUAAAGUGGAGAAGCACUUACCAUUAAUUACGUGGAAAAUUUUUUGAGCGUUCCCAGGCUCAGGGUAUAACCUCUCAUAGGAUUUUCUGAUACCUUAGGAUACACCUAGCUAAUGCAUGCACAAAAUAAAUCGGUAUAAAGCACAGAUGUUCAUAGACACAGUUCAGACCUGUGGCAGCCUGGUGCUGCGAUGCUGGGUGGUUCCUGGGGAAGGAGCUGGGCGGGGCAUUUGUUCCUCUGCUUGGGAUGUGUUCUGUCUCUUCAAGGGCCCCAAACACAACAAACACUUAACACUAUUUUUACCUAUUUUCAUAAAAACAAAAAUCCUCUUUGGAUUUCCUUCAGUUAGCAAAAAUGGGUACCAGGGUAGGUCUUUGUAAAAGCGAAGUUCUGUAACAUGGACUUCAAAAAGUGGGGUCACCUCUAUUUGCAUUUGUAUUUUAUGGUUUUAUGGCUUAGAAAAUUCGGUGGCUAGGAAACUAGUAUUAUUAGUAGUAUUGUGUUCUUUUUAGAAAUGAGAAAAAUGAGGCCUAGAAAGAUUGACCUACCCAGUUUUACGUAGUUUGCAAGUGAGAGCUGCGACUGAAACUUAGCUCCUUUUUUGUCCAGUGUUUUCCCAGAUAAACCAAGCUGUUGGUAGAUGGUAUCUUUAGUUGAUGACAAUAAGUAUUUGUUUAAUAGAACUUAAUCUUUUUGCGAAGUCUUCAACCCUGUUGCUUAGUAAAGGUAAACUUAAGAUUUUAGAGAGUAUUAGACUUUUCUAUCAUAAUCCAGGCUAUAGACCAGGAUUAUACUGACCCACUUCAUUGAAUGCAUCACUUGAAUCACACACCUUUUUGGAGUUGAAGUAAUAGGUCUAGAAAAGGUAGGUGACUGGGGAUGCCUAGAUGGCGCAGUCAGUUAAGCAUCUGACUCUGGAUUUUGGCUGAGGUCAUGAUCUCAAGUUGUGAGAUCUAGCCCCACAUCGCUAAGAUUCUCUUUCUUCUUCUCCCUCUGUCUCUCCCCACCCUUAAAGGAAGAAAUGAAGGGAGGAAAGGAGGGAGGGAGGAAGGGCAACUGAUGUUGUUUCUCAUAGGAAUCAAGGGAAGAAUUAGGACUGAGAUUGUAUGUCAGCAGUAGGAUCAAGGCAUGAGGCCACAUAAGGAGGAACUGGAUCAGAAUUGGCCUUUGUCAGGAGCCUAAACUGUAGCAUGGGAUUGAAAUGCAUAGUUAAUUCUGUUUGUAGGCUCAGCCUGGGCACUUGAUGAUGUUUCCUAGGCCAGAACAGCAAGGUAGGAAUGACAGCCCACCAGAGGGGAGAGCCUAGCAAAGAUCCAGGAAAUAGAAGUGGUUGUCAAUUUACCCAUCUAAUUAUGUGGAACAGUUAUUGAAUCUCUUGUUGAUAGUCUCUUUCUUGUUCUGCAGAGGCCUUUGAAAUUGAUGUAACACUCUGACCCUCCAGUCCAGAUGUAUUAGAUUCACACAGAAAUACUAAAAAUAAAUAAAAAGCACUGAUCCAAACGUUUGAAUUGAAGGCAUUCUGGGAAAACCGCCUUUUAUUGUGAAAAUCGUCUUUGAUCUUGAAAUUAAAAGUAAAGCUGGAAAAGAAUUUACAAACGAGGAAAAAACAAAGUUUGGGAUCGGACUCACAGGAUCUGGGCUUGGAAAUGCCUCAGCCUAGUGUAAGCGGAAUGGAUCCGCCUUUUGGGGAUGCCUUUCGAAGCCACACCUUUUCAGAGCAGACUCUGAUGAGCACAGAUCUCUUAGCAAACAGUUCAGAUCCAGAUUUCAUGUAUGAACUGGAUAGAGAGAUGAACUAUCAACAGAAUCCUAGAGACAGCUUCCUUUCUUUGGAGGACUGCAAAGACAUUGAAAAUCUGGAGUCUUUCACAGAUGUCCUGGAUAAUGAGGGCGCUUUAACCUCAAACUGGGAACAGUGGGAUACGUACUGUGAAGACUUAACAAAGUACACCAAGCUAACCAGCUGUGACAUCUGGGGAACAAAAGAAGUGGAUUACUUGGGUCUUGAUGACUUUUCUAGCCCUUACCAAGAUGAAGAGGUCAUAAGUAAAACUCCAACUUUGGCACAGCUUAAUAGCGAGGACUCUCAGUCUGUUUCUGAUUCCCUUUAUUACCCUGAUUCACUUUUCAGUGUCAAACAGAAUCCCUUGCCCUCUUCAUUCCCUAGUAAAAAGAUCUCAAGCAGAGCAGCUGCCCCUGUGUGUUCUUCUAAAACUCUUCAGGCUGAGGUCCCUUUGUCAGACUGUGUCCAAAAAGCAAGUAAACCCACUUCAAGCACACAGAUCAUGGUGAAGACCAAUGUGUAUCAUAAUGAAAAGGUGAACUUUCAUGUUGAAUGUAAAGACUAUGUAAAAAAGGCAAAGGUAAAGAUCAACCCAGUGCAGCAGAGUCGGCCCUUGUUGAGCCAGAUUCACACAGACGCAGCAAAGGAGAACACCUGCUACUGUGGUGCAGUAGCAAAGAGACCCGAAAAGAAAGGGGUGGAGCCUCUUCAGGGACACGUCACUCCAGCUUUGCCUUUUAAAGAAACCCAGGAACUGUUACUCAGUCCCCUGUCCCAGGAGGGUCCUGGGUCAAUUGCAGCAGGAGAGAGUAGCAGCCUUUCCGCCAGCACAUUGGUCUCAGAUUCAUCCCAGAAAAAAGAAGAGCACAAUUACUCCCUUUUUGUCUCUGACAACUUGGGUGAACAGCCAACCAAAUGCAAUCCUGAAGAAGAUGAGGAAGACGAGGACGAUGUUGAUGAUGAGGACCAUGAUGAAGGAUUUGGUAGUGAGCACGAACUUUCUGAAAAUGAGGAGGAGGAGGAGGAGGAAGAGGAUUAUGAAGAUGACAAAGAUGAUGAUAUUAGUGACACUUUCUCUGAGCCAGGCUAUGAAAAUGAUUCUGUGGAAGACUUGAAGGAGAUGACUUCAAUAUCCUCUCGGAAGAGAGGUAAAAGAAGGUACUUCUGGGAGUAUAGUGAACAGCUCACCCCAUCACAGCAAGAGAGGAUGCUAAGGCCAUCUGAAUGGAACCGAGACACCUUGCCAAGUAAUAUGUACCAGAAAAAUGGCUUACAUCAUGGGAAAUAUGCAGUAAAGAAGUCACGGAGAACUGAUGUAGAAGACCUGACUCCAAAUCCUAAAAAACUACUCCAGAUAGGCAAUGAACUACGGAAACUGAAUAAGGUGAUUAGUGAUCUGACUCCGGUCAGUGAGCUACCCUUAACAGCCCGGCCAAGGUCAAGGAAGGAAAAAAAUAAGCUGGCUUCCAGGGCUUGUCGAUUAAAGAAAAAAGCCCAGUAUGAAGCUAAUAAAGUGAAAUUAUGGGGCCUCAACACAGAAUAUGAUAAUUUAUUAUUUGUAAUCAACUCCAUCAAGCAAGAGAUUGUAAACCGAGUACAGAAUCCAAGAGAGGAGAGAGGACCCAACAUGGGGCAGAAGCUUGAAAUGCUCAUUAAGGAUACUCUUGGUCUCCCAGUCGCUGGGCAAACCUCCGAAUUUGUUAACCAAGUGUUAGAGAAGACUGCAGAAGGCAAUCCCACUGGAGGCCUUGUAGGACUAAGGAUACCAACAUCAAAAGUGUAAUCAGCCUCAUUGGACCACUGGUCAGAAAUGUCUGUGUUUGUCACGUUAUUCCUUGUAAAUUUUCAUUCUGUUUUGCAUGUCAGUUUAGCAUUAUGUAAACAUUUAUGAUUAGGUUACAUUGUUUUAAGAACUAAGUAGCAUAAGUGAAGCAUGAUCCAAAAUACUUGAUUAUUGCAUUUUCAGAGCAUAAACCAUGGUUAAAACCGCUACUGUCAUCAGAAUCGAAACUCAGACAUUUAAGUAAAUGUUUAGAUACAGAGUGCAAAAAUCUGUUAAAGUAAAACGUUUGGGAGGAGUGAAGACAUUAGUAAAAGCCAAAUAUUGUGGCAGGUUUAUGCUCUGAACCACACAAAAAAAUUGAGGAAGCAUUUUUUUAAACAGUCAGUUUAGAUUGUUUUUAGAAUUAUUCCUUUUGUUCUAAUUUUCCACAAACAUUAAUCUCACUUGUACAUGGCACAACCCAGCACUCACGCCCAUGUGCCAUAUUAGAAGUUCAUUUUCUGAGCUCAAUAUGGUAUAUAUAAAUAUAUAUAAAUAUAUAUAUAAUGUCUGUGCAAGUAAGAAAAAAAGCAUAUUCUUUGUGCCUUGUAUUUUGGGGAAACUAUAAAACUGGUAAUAUUUUGUAUGAUGAAAACCCUAAUGAGGAAACACAAGAUAUAUAGGUGGAAAAAUUAUGGGGUUUAAAUGUUUUUUUUGUUCCAACUCUUUUUCAAAUUUUUUGAAUGUAUAUAGGACUAUGUUGAAAUGUAGAUAUAUGCCACAGAGUCUGUGUAUUGUAUAAAAAACAAAACAAAAAACAAACAAAAAAAAGAUGGCUCUAGAAAACUCAUAUUUCGGUACUUGACCGGAAGAAGACAAAUACUUGCACAUUAUUGCGAUUGUUUUAUUUUUUGUACCAAAGACAAAUGCAACUGAUAUGGCAAACUGCCAGUCUAAGUAAAGUUUUGCACAGCUUACAUGAUACUGUAUGAAUGUAUGAAAAAAAGGAGAAAAAAAAAGAAAAAUGAAAAGGUCAGGGUUAGGGAUCUUACUGAACUGUGAAUUUUAUUUCUGUUUGGGUCCAAUUAUCUACAGAAGGAGCAUCCACACACACAAAUAUUAUUUUGCUGUUCCUCUAGUUCGCUUCCAUAGUAGAUAAGUUGGUGGCCAUUUAGAUGUCUGUAAGUCUUUUUAUUUCUGCACUUAAUUGUAGGAAAUUUUAAUAUAUUUCAUUUUAGUAAGCUAUUGGUAAAAUAGUUUUUGACCUUGAAAAUUAAAACGUUUAUUUAGCUUAUUGUAGUAUACUUCCACCAAACAACCAAAAUACAGAUUAUUUUUAUUGUAUUAUGUAUAUAUAUAUAUGUAAAGAAAGAAAAAAGCUAAAAAUAUCUAAUUCUUUAGUUGCCACUUUUCCAAUUGAUGUAUUAUUGUGCAUGUAAUAUUUUCAAAGAUCAACACAAGCUUAAAACAAAAACAAACGAUUUAUAGAUUUUUAUAUUUUUGUACAGGUAUUUUCAAACUAGCUUCUUCAAACUUACAUGUGACUUAUUCUUCUUCUAUAGUUUCUAGAACUGAGAAAUAUUAACACAUUUAGUUUUUAGGUGCUCUUUUUUGCUCACAUAAAACAGCUUCAUUAGUCAGUGUUUUAACUGUGUUAAAGCUUUACCUCUGAUGAGAAAUUUUUUGUGUCAAGGCAGCAUUAUAAACCUUCCCCACAGAUCUUCCCAUUCUGUCUCUCUUACUGUUUGAUCCUCAGAUCUUGUGUUUUGAACUCUGAAAACUGGUGGCUUAAAAACUAUACUUUAAAAAAGAUCCUAUCUAGCCAGAAAAAAAUACCAAAAAUUUCAGACCUAGCUGCUGGGAAAUUACCUGUUUCUCCAACUGUUUCUCCAUUACCCCCUGGAGAAUUUAUUCUUUAAUUAUAUUUUGUCUUUAUAGUGUGUUUUCUUUUCUUCUACUUUAUCCCUUCUCCCCCACUCCCCUACUUGUAAGCCUAGCAUAUGAAGCUAUAGCUUAUAAAGUUUGAUUCUAAAACACAGUAACAACUGAACAAUGUUGCUUAUAUGCUUCUUUGACAUCAUGAAAAGGAAACUUCUAGAAGGAUUGUCUUAACACCUUAGCUGAACUGUGAUGCACAAGAUUUUCCUGUGUGCUUGGUGGAAAUGUACCUGGUUAGUGCAUUCAUGCUGAACAGAUGAUAAGCUCAGAGCUAAUGGUUUAAAAGAAUGUAAGCUCAUUGUUUAAAGUUUUUCCUUUUUAGAUGGGAGAAGGCAAAGCAUAGGCUUAUAAAUUGGAAGUAUAUGAAGUUUUGACAGAGUGUGUUUAGUAAAUUGAAACAUGUCCCAAAAAUGUGGCAGUUUUGCAAUCAGGUGAAAAUCACUUCAUGAUAGAGAUUCAGCUGAUGAGGUUUAUAAAAUUGCCCCUUUCUAGCUGCUCUGUUAGGAAUUCUGGUUUUUGAUACUUUUUUCCUGUCUGCAAACCAGAAUUUGAUUUUUUGGUCUUGCAUUUCAAAAAAAAAAAAAAAAAAGACUUUGAAUCUGUUUAGUAGAUUCCAUAUCCUUGCAUUUCAGUGUUUUAUAUGUACUACUUAAGUUAAAUAGUUAAAAGCUUUUAAAUAGUUGAGCUUUUUAAUGUUGACACUUUAUUUUGUACCUAUUUAUAUAUGUAUGUAUAUCUUAGAAAAGCACUUUGUUAAAAAAAAAAUUGCAUUUUAUAUGAUUCCUGCCAUUUGCUGCUAAAUCUGGGCUGGUCAGAAUGCUGCAGCGAUACUUGAUCUAAAUAAAAACCUGGCAGUAAAAUGUAGAGUGAAAGUUAAAUCCUCUUGCUGUUUUAACUUUAUCAUCAAGAUGACAUAGGCAAGCUGUGCAGCUUUACAUUUUAACCAGGGGACUCUGUGGCAUUUAAAACCGUCUAGAAAUGGUUGUACUUUAAUGCCAGUAAUAAUCUGCUUCCUCUAUUGUCAUUAAAAUAUAUACGUUUAGUGUAUCACACAAACAGAUCUUAUAAGGGUAACGUAAAAACCCCAACAAUUGUACAUGUUCUGUUUUUGAAAAUUGUGGCAUGUAUUUUUGGGUGAAGAUCAUUAGAGAAGAGCUCUCUAAAGGUUUUCUGUGUUCAUACAUGGUAUACAGAUAGCUCAUAAUGAAGUCCAGAAUCUUACUUUAAGUGAAGGCAUUGUGAAUUCACCUCAAAUAAACCCAUUGUUCCAAAAGCAAUUAUAAACUUUGACUCUAGUACUACUAUGAUUGAAAAAAAAAAACCAACAACAAAAAACGUUCUUCCUCAUUUCAGAUACACUGGAUUCUUUAUAGAGUUUGUCUCCAUAUGAAAGCAUGCUGUCCAGUUGUUCUUGUUAAGAUCUUGUCUGAGUUUUGAAUUGGGCACCACACUUUUUCAGUCAAUAUGAUUGCUUGUUCUACUGUACCAUGUAUGAUUCUUGUCCUUUCCUAUAUCCUUCAUGACAGAUUAUGAUGUGGCUUUAUAUUGUGCCUUACUUGUACAUUUAAACUUAACGUCUUCAUUCCCUUCCAAUUCCUAUACCGUUCACUUUGACCUUUUUGGUAAGAGAAUCAGAGCAAUUAUAAAAACAUCAUGAAGGAUUUCAGAUGGGUAUGGUUUCCAAUUCCCUCUCUUUAUAGUUAUUUUAUAUUUGUAUGAAAGACCAGUUUUGAAUGGUCUUUAAACCAGAGAGGGAAAGACUAGCAGUCAUUUCACUACAUCCCUUGUUUCUGACUUUCAUGAAUUUGUCCGACAUCUUCUUUCUGAUGCUUGACUUGAUUUGCUUCUUAGCAAUAGUCUGCAUUUAAAGAAAGGUGUGUUCAGUCCAUCAGCUUGAAAUUGACUAUUUCAUCUUUCCAGAAUUUUUUAGGAGAAGAAUACCCGUUUUGUUUGUUUUAUAAAACAGAUGACAAGUCUCUUUAAAAGAAACAGAAGUACAGUACUUUUGAAAUACAAUGCUGUUAGUUUGGAUUUCUUUUUUUAUAUAUAAUAUUCAUACAAUUAUCUGAUGUUUGCCUUCAUUAAUAAAGCUGUUAGUUUAUUCACCAAAAUGUCAAGAAUGGAUGUGCUUUUCUUUAUUCCAUACAUUUAAAAAUAUUUUAGCUGCUAAGAUUUAGUUAACUUUCUAAGAAACAAAUUCAAGUUGCCUUCAGCAGGAAUUAACAAAAGCUUAUGUUCCCUUUCUUUAUAUAGUCUUCCUACAAUUCUGUUCAAGUAUUUUCUAAUUAAUUAUGUAAGAGAACGUUAGCAUCUCUCCAAAUCUUGAAACUUGAAUUUUGAGAAUGCAUUGAAUUAUGCUUUCAGUGUUAAAGUAAAAGGUUUCAAUUAUCCUUCUAGUGAAGUCUAUUGUGGAAUACCAUUUCCCAUGGAACUGAGGCCAUUUCCACAACUUUGCACAGAACUGCAGUCUUGUUCUUCCCUUGGAUCAUGACAAGUCUCACACAGUGCCGUAAUACUUGUGGAUUCUUUUGUAAUCUUUGUAAUCUUAAUAAGGGCAUUAUGAGAAGAUGACUCCAUGUUUUUUUAAUAUUUCAAACACAUUGGGAUGUAACAAUGAAUGUCAACUGUAGGAAUGGUUGUUUCGUUUUAAGGAAUAAGUAUGUUGGGGAAAGAUGAUGAAAAUGUACUACUGACAGUUUUACACUUCCAUAGGCAAGUGGGAUUAUGUGUUGAAGCAUAAUCCUCGUGCUUAGUAAACUGACCGAAAAUUGUAGAAAUUAUACCUAGGAACUGAAUUAUGCCAAAUUGCCAUUUUUCUUUAGAAAAGAGAGGUUAGGGUGUAGUAGGGAGUAGAACCUUAAAACUACUUCCAAGUAAUAUUCUGGAAUUGAAGACUUGGUGACUAGUGAAGAACAUCAGAGUUGGGUAUUUCAGUGUGCCAAGUGUGGGUGAACUAGAUUUGCCUCUUUCAUAACAAUGUAAACACAAUGGUGUAGUUAAUUAAAUUCUGGGCGGAUGGGAGCGGGACUGAUUACUGUGUCUUGCCCUCCGCCCUGUGUUUUUUUCGGAACCAAAUAACAGAAAUGUGUAUGUGUGUACUGUAUCUGCCUUUCCACCACAUUUUUAUGACACUGUAUUCCACUGCCUGCUUUUUCUUUUUUUUUUUAAUCUUCUUUCCCUAGGAUUUGUCCUAUAUCUUAGCAUUUGUGAUUAACAAUGAUACUAGGGCUGACCGCACAUAAGAAGUCACAAGAGAAGAGCGGAAGGGCAAGAAUUCAGAGCAUUUGUUCAUAUAAUGUGGCAACCUCUUUUGCAUAGUGGCGUAGGAUCCUGUUUGUAAUGCUAUCAUAAAUAUUCUGUAGUUUUGUUUCCCCAUUCCCCCAACUGGAGCUAUGAAACUUUUUAUUGGAUUCAGUCUUGUCUUUUGUCUAGAAGAAUUUUAUCUUGUUGACGCAUGAGCUGUUUAAAAAUUAUUCUAUUAAAUGUUGGUUAAUAGUUGUGCAGUUUUUCUUUUCAGAAGAAAAGGCAAUUCAAAUGUUGCCUUUGUUUUCUGUCACCUUCCAACCCCUCAGCACUUCUAGUCAGAUACAGAUUCAUCAGUGUAUGCAACAUCCUUUGUAAUUUAAAAUAAAAAAAGAUGAAAAGGU